UCUCGACCAAUAGAAAUAAGGGCAAGGCUCAACACCCCUGUUCAGGGAUCUUGAUAUAUAAGCGGCGUAAAACAUCCAGAGGCUAUUGUUCACAUCAUCCUGCACACACUGCUGCUUUUUGGAAGACCUUUGGUUGAGUAUUUAAUGAGUUCCAGGAUGGAUAGCAAGUCUUACUCGGUUCAGGUGAAUGGGAAUGGGGUCCACGACCAAAGCGUCACCAGCAAAAGACUGAAGCCGGCUGCAGCCACAGUGAAGGGAGAGCACGGGAACGUCAAAGGCAGCUUGAGUCUCACCAAAGCCAAGAGCCGCAGGCAGCGAUGGGAAGUGAAGCCCUCGGAGAUGGCCAACAACACUCUGAAUCCCAUCAGGGCCAUCGUGGACGGGAUGAAGCUCACGCCCAAUCCGGACAAAGCCAUGAUCUCGCUUUCCAUAGGGGAUCCCACUGUGUUUGGGAAUCUGCCUACACAUAAUGCAGUGCUGCAGGCCCUGAAAGACGCCAUAGACUCCCAAAAGUACAACGGCUAUGCUCCUUCUGUUGGUUACCUGAAGAGCCGGCAGGCCGUAGCCAACUUCUACAGCUGCCCCGAGGCGCCGCUGGAGGCAGAGGAUGUGAUUCUGGCCAGUGGCUGCAGUCAGGCCAUCGACCUGGCCAUCAGUGUCCUGUGUAACCCUGGGGACAACAUCCUGGUCCCGUGCCCCGGCUUCUCCCUGUAUAAGACCCUAGCUGAGUCCAUGGGCAUCGAGGUCAAACUCUACAACCUGCUGCCAGAGAAGUCGUGGGAGGUCGACCUGCAACAAAUGGAGAGCCUGAUUGACGAGAGGACGUCCUGUAUGAUAGUUACCAAUCCAUCCAACCCGUGUGGCUCCGUCUUCAGCAAGGAACACCUGCAGAAAAUCCUCCAAGUGGCUUCCAGACACUGUGUCCCCAUUCUGGCGGAUGAAAUCUACAGUGACAUGGUCUUCCCAGGUUGCAGCUGUCCUUCCAUGGCGUCUCUAAGCACCGACGUCCCCCUCCUCUCCUGCAGCGGCUUGGCUAAGCGAUGGCUGGUCCCCGGUUGGAGGAUGGGAUGGAUCCUCAUCCAUGACAGGAAUGACGUCUUUGGAUCAAUGAUUCGACAGGGCCUGGUGAAACUGAGCCAACGUAUUCUGGGAGCCUGCACUAUCAUUCAAGGGGCCCUGGAGAGCAUCCUCAACAACACCCCCCAAAGCUUCUACAGCAGCACCAUCGGCUUCCUGCAGACCAACUCUGAGAUUUGUUUCAAUGAGCUGAGCACCGUCCCAGGCCUGAACCCUGUCAUGCCCUCAGGAGCCAUGUACCUCAUGGUGGGGAUUGAUAUGAAUCACUUUCCAGAGUAUAAUGACGAUGUGGACUUUACUCAGCAGCUGGUGACCGAGCAGUCGGUCUUCUGUCUCCCUGCCUCAGCCUUCGAGUACCCUAACUUCUUCCGCAUCGUCGUGACGGUGCCCGAGGCCAUGAUGGUGGAGGCCUGCGGUCGGAUCAGGGAGUUCUGUCAGCGCCACCAUCGGCCCUGCAGCCGCAACAGCAACGACCUGGACCAGUGACGCGUCCGAGCUGAGACCACAACAUAGAGGACGGAACAAUUGUCCACCAGUCCACUAUUCGCUGCUGGAAUCGUCAUCAGUGACGAAGCGACGCAUCUGAUUGUCCACCGCAGGGUUCUUUUGUAAUGUUGGAACCUGUGCGAUGAGCAGACCCAAUAUUUAUAUUUUAUACAGGCAGCGUAUCUAUGGCUUGUUCUUGUGUAUUUAUAUCAUUCCUUUAAUGCUGUGCACGUCAUGUGACGUAACCUCUAUAAACUGCAGUUUGGUAAACAGCCGGCUUCUUUGCUGUCCCACUUAGGGGAAGUUAAUAUAUAUAUUUGUUAUGGAUAGACAUCCUACAUCGGCAUUCCCUUCAUCAGGACAUGCAAACAUUCUCUGCAUAUUGUUUGUAUGUUAAUUGUGUGUCAUAUUUAAUAACACAUAAUGUAUAUGAAUCAACAAAGUGUAUUUCCUACCGAAUAAACCACGUUGCAGACCGAUAACAGACAGACCGGCGUACAAUAGCAUAAUUAUCUAAUCUAUUUUGUAUCUUAUUUUCAUGCCGUCAAACGUCCCAACUUCACAGCACUUCCAUGCCAUUCGCUG